UCCUCUGCUGUUUAUCUUCCCCAGGAAAGUUCUUUCUUUCUACUCACCAUCUCCAACAAGAGGAAUGGUGCUAGGCGUCACCAGUGGAGGGUUUCUGGGUGCAGAUCCAACCACCUCAGCCUGGGGGACAGAAUUCACACCAGUGAAUGGAAGUUACCAGGCCCCACCUCAAACUGUUGACAUGGUGGCGGUGAUCCAGGCCUCGCUGGUCUUCAUCACCCUGGUCGGGCUGCCUGGAAACGCAGCCGUGCUCUGGAUCCUGGGCUUCCGCAUGCGGAGGAACCCCUUCACUGUCUACAUCCUCAACCUGGCUGGAGCAGACUUCCUCUUCCUCUCCUUACAGAUUGUGUAUUCCCUGGUGAAUCUCGGCAGCGUCUUCCACUCCGUCUCCAUGUCCAUCUCCAACGUUUUGACCACUGUGUGGACCUUUGCCUACAUUGCAGGCCUGAGUAUUCUCAGCACCAUUAGCACCGAGCGCUGCCUGUCCAUCCUGUGCCCCAUCUGGUACCGCUGCCGUCGCCCCAGAUACACAUCAGCUGUCAUAUGUGCCCUGCUCUGGGCCCUGUCCCUGGUGCUGAGCAUCCUGGAGGGAAAGUACUGUGGCUUCCUGUCUAGGGAUCCUCACUACCAUUGGUGUCGGGUACUUGAUUUGAUCACUGCCACGUGGCUCAUUUUCUUAUGUGUGCUUCUCUCUGGGUCCAGCCUGACCCUACUGACCAGGUUACUGUGUGGCUCCCAGCGAGUGCCACUGACCAGGCUGUAUGUGACCAUCGUGCUCACGGUGCUGGUCUUCCUGCUCUGCGGCCUGCCCUUCGGCAUGUACUGGUUCCUCUUAAUCUGGGUUUACCAUGGUGUUGAUGUGUUCCCCUUUCUUCAUCUGUUUACAACUGUCCUGUCCUGGGUCAACAGCAGUGCCAACCCCAUCAUUUACUUCUUCGUUGGCUCCUUUAGGCGGAGGCAGCGGGGGCAGACCCUCAAGCUGGUUCUCCAGAGGGCUCUGCAGGACUCUCCCGAGGCGGAGGGAAGCGAGGGCAGCCUUCCUCCGGAAACCCUGGAGAUGUCCGGAAGCAGUCUGGUGUCCUGAUGAUGUGGGCCCUGAUACCAGUUCCCUUACAUUCAACCCAGCAUAUAUGGGGUUAAAACCCAAAGCGCCCAUCCCCUUCCUCUGCUUCUCUAAGUUACAGUCAUAUGUAAAUGUCAGUUUUUAAACCUUUAUAUCCCUGAACUUCACAGACAAAUAGAACUUACAAAUUGUUAGAGUCCAGGUAGCCUCAUGCUAACAUUUUGGCUAGUUACAGGUCCUUUGAAGUUUUGCUACAGGGAAACUGAUGCCCAAAGAGUAUCAAGAAACUGAAGCUUCCCAGACCUCAACCCCUCAGCUUCCUGGCACCAGAAUCCGCCAUCCACCAUGGAGGCAGAUGGCCAAGGACAUCCACCUGCAGAUUCCCUCAUCAUGCCAUUCCCCUCCCUGUAAGCAGCCUCACAAAGCCAAACGCAGGCUGGUGGGAAAGUGGGACCUGCAAGGCCACCUGCUCCCCCUCCCCCACCUAAGGCCUCAAAUAAAAACCCCUGCCUUUUUUCCUCUGAAGAGGUGGAUCUGAGUUCUAACCAACUCCCAUCUCCUUGUCUGGCUGCCUUUCGAUAAAACUCUUUCCUUACCUCAAGCCUGGCAUUCCCAUUUUUAUUUUGGUCUCUCUCUCGUGUGGUGGGUCAGAGAGGCUGUGUUUGUGGCCGGUAACACUGACUCAGUCUCCGCUUUGGUCAGACUGAUGUGGCUUUCAAGGCCAACUUUGUCCCUAUCAGUUUGGGAGGUUUUACUAAUUUCUGUCAGCCUCUGGGCUCCUGAUCUUAAACGGCGAGGAUAAGAAUCCUCCUCGUGAGGAUUAAGGGAGACAGCAUAGCCUCUCCAGGCCGCCUUACCCAGGACCUUCCCCCAUCCCCACGGGAGCUUUGCCAACCCUGGGGUCCCAGACUGCUCCCACUUUUGAAGAACCCCACCUUCUGCAGAGGCUGAAAGCAGUGCAGGAAAAGUUUAGAUGCCUUCACUCACUGUCCCUGAUAAGGACUAAAAGAACAUUACAUUUUUGAUGAGUUUUUGUGGCCACUUUCCUACAAUCUGUCUCAAUAAAAUUAAAAGAAUUAAAGUUCCAUCUGACCCCAAAGAUCAGUCUUCCCUGAUUUUGGCAGGCCUUAGAGGAUCUCCCUAGCUUAAUAAAUGUUUAUGGAAUAAGUGACCUAAUGAAUGAAUAAAUGGUGAACUUUGAAGUCAAGUCUGUGCCAAAUCUCCAUCUACCAGAUUUGGGUCACCAUCUCUAAGUUUCUUUCUUUCACCAUUUUCAACUUUUGCAAACACGAAGUUAAGUUUUCUACCCAGAUGAGUCAAUGUCAAAACGUAGUUAAGGCUUGAGCUUGGUGGCUUUCUCGUGUCUUCCUAUCGCGUGCCCGCCAGUGGAAUCCACGUGCGUCCCUCCUCAUUCUUGCCGCUUCAGCUUUGUCCUCACUCUCCCUCUCUGGAGUGUCGUAGCUUCAUGGCAGGUUUCCAGUGUCUCUUCCUAGAAUCUGUGUGCCCUGACGACAGAUAUAUGUCAGAUUUACCUUUUACUUCAAAGAGCUCAUGAUAUUUAUUUUAUUC